AAUCAAUCAAUUAAGCACCACAUCAUGUCAUGUGAACAUAAUAUGAUGAAACUAUGAAUUCCUUCGGCUGGUUACACAUGAACUAAUUAAGUAAUAUCAUGAAUUGGCCUGUUCAAAGGAUGCAUUGCUGGGUCUUUGAUUGCCCUUUAAAAUUUAAUAAUGAGUCAUAAGUAUGGUCUGUGAUUUUGUGUGUGGCAUUUGGUCAUGGUGGGGUUGCGGAGGAAAUGGUAAAACGUCCAAUCCAUCAUAAACCAGAUGCAGACUUUGGGCCGCAGCCAGCAAACAGUACCAGAAAUCAAAAUCCAAUGCUUUGUGCAAGAGGGGCAUGAUGGCAUUGGGCGUGCACUAGCCAGUGGGAGCUGUGGGAGGUGGAGGUGUUGAUGCCUUCUGCUUUGAUUGCCUUCCAAGCCAAGCCAAACUCAAAAGUUUCAGUUACAAGAAGCAAAACAAAGCAAAAGAAAAGCAGGCCAGUAUAGAUCAAACACCCACUUUUUGGCUCUUUUUGCUGGUACCUUUUGGCAGAGUUGGAGGCUUGCUAGCUAGCUCAAAUUCUGCUACCGCUUUUAGCUGCACAGUGGAUUUUUUGUGUGUCUGUGUGAGGAGCUAGCUACCCAGGUGUGUCAAUACAGUUGACUUUCACCCUCAGCCGGCCGUCUUCCGCCACCCAUGGCAGCUGCCGGGCUGCUGCUUCUCCUUAUGCUGCUCUGUAGAGGAUUUCAGGCUAUGUCUUUGGUCACCGAUCCUCGCGACGCUGCGGCUCUCCGGUCUUUGAAGGACCAAUGGCAACACACACCACCAAGCUGGGAUAACUCAGAUGAUCCUUGCGGAGCACCCUGGGAUGGAGUCAUCUGCAGCGGUUCCAGGGUGACUACAUUAAGAUUAUCAACAAUGGGCCUUCAAGGGAGACUAGGUGGUGAUAUUGGAGGCCUCACUGAACUGAGAUCCUUGGACUUGUCAUCCAACCGUGGUCUCACUGGUUCAAUUUCACCACGGUUAGGCGAUCUACAAAAUCUGAACAUCCUAAUUCUAGCAGGCUGUAGCUUCAGUGGUAACAUUCCAAAUGAACUGGGCAAUCUUGCAGAACUAUCUUUCUUGGCCCUGAACUCAAACAACCUAACUGGUGGAAUACCUCCUUCUUUGGGUAAUCUCUCCAAAAUUUACUGGCUGGACCUGGCAGAUAAUCAGCUGACAGGAUCAAUCCCGGUUUCAACAUCCACAGCACCAGGCUUGGACCGCCUCCUAAAUGUAAAACAUUUUCAUUUCAACAAGAACAAGCUAUCAGGCACCAUUCCCCCCAAACUUUUCAGCUCUGAGAUGGUGUUGAUACAUGUGCUGUUUGAUGGCAAUAAUUUAACUGGGAGUAUCCCAUCCACAUUAGGACUCGUUCAGACUCUUGAGGUCGUUCGACUUGAUCGAAAUUCUUUGACAGGGAAAGUCCCAUCAAACCUCAACAAUCUCACAACCAUCAAUGAAUUGAAUUUAGCAUACAAUAACUUGAUAGGCCCAUUACCAGACCUAAUAGGAAUGGAUGCCCUCAAUUAUUUGGACCUUAGCAACAACUCGUUUGACAAAUCACAAGCCCCUGUUUGGUUCUCAACCUUACAGUCUCUCACCACCCUGGUUAUAGAAUAUGGAUCACUUCAAGGGCCUCUGCCCCAGAAACUCUUCAGCUUUCCACAGUUACAGCAAGUGAAACUGAGGAACAAUGCAUUCAAUGACACGUUGAACAUGGGUGACAGUAUAAGCCAGCAGUUGCAGCUUGUAGACCUGGAAAACAAUCAAAUUUCAUCAGUAACACUUAGUUCUGGAUACAAAAAUACAUUAGUACUUCUCGGAAAUCCAGUAUGUACUAGUCCUCUCUUAGGUACUGAUUUCUGCCAGCUUCAGCAGCAAACUAAAAAGCCUUAUUCUACCAGCCUUGCCAAUUGUGGAAGCAAAUCAUGCCCCACCGAUCAGAAUCUUAGCCCCCAGAGCUGUGAAUGUGCUUAUCCAUAUGAAGGGACAUUGUAUUUCAGGGCACCAUUCUUCAGAGAGUUGUCCAAUGUUAAUAUGUUCCAUUCACUGGAAAUGAGCCUGUGGGUUAAAUUGGGCCUUACCCCUGGUUCAGUUUCUCUUCAGAACCCUGUGUUCAAUAAUGAUGACUAUCUUCAAGUGCACUUAGAACUUUUUCCAUCCACUGGUAAAUUCUUUAAUCGAACGGAGAUUCAGAGGAUUGGAUUUGACCUUGGUAAUCAAACUUAUAAGCCUCCUCCACAAUUUGGACCCUACUAUUUCAUAGCAUCCCCUUAUGCUUUCCCAGCAACAGGCGGAGGAACUUCAAUUAGCACUGGCGUCAUCAUUGGGAUAGCGAUUGGCUGUGUCAUACUUCUUGUUGUGCUCCUUGGAGUGGGAAUAUAUGCCAUUCAGCAGAAGAAACGGGCAGAGAGAGCCAUUGAAUUAAGUAAACCAUUUGCAUCAUGGGCUCCAAGUGGCAAUGAUAGUGGUGGUGCACCACAAUUAAAGGGUGCAAGAUGGUUCUCUUAUGAUGAACUGAAGAAGUGCACUAAUAACUUCUCUGAAAGCAAUGAGGUUGGGUUUGGAGGGUUUGGCAAGGUUUAUAAAGGAAUGCUUUCUGAUGGGCAAGUUUUGGCAAUCAAAAGAGCUCAGCAAGGAUCAAUGCAGGGUGGGCUUGAGUUCAAGACUGAAAUUGAGUUGCUCUCGCGCGUUCACCACAAAAACCUGGUUGGCCUAGUGGGUUUUUGUUUUGAGCAAGGAGAACAGAUGCUAGUCUAUGAAUUUAUGCCUAAUGGAACACUUAGGGAGAGCUUGUCAGGGAGAUCUGGCAUUUAUCUGGAUUGGAAGAGGAGACUCCGUAUUGCUCUAGGCUCGGCUAGAGGAUUAGCCUACCUUCACGAGCUUGCUAAUCCUCCGAUAAUUCACAGAGAUGUCAAGUCAACCAAUAUUCUGUUGGAUGAAAAUCUAACAGCAAAGGUUGCAGAUUUUGGCUUGUCCAAGCUGGUAUCUGACAGUUCAAAAGGUCAUGUUUCAACUCAAGUAAAAGGCACCUUGGGUUAUCUGGAUCCUGAAUAUUACAUGACACAGCAGCUAACAGAGAAGAGUGAUGUGUACAGUUUUGGAGUGGUCAUGCUUGAACUUGUGACAGCUAAACAACCAAUUGAGAAGGGAAAGUACAUAGUCCGUGAGGUGAGGAUGGUGAUGGAUAAGAAUGAACAAGAGCAGUAUUAUGGGCUGGCAGAGAUCAUGGAUCCACUCAUUAAGAACACAAGUAGUACUAAUCUUGCAGGGUUUCGGAGAUUUCUCGAGUUGGCAAUGCAGUGUGUUGAAGAAUCGGCCUCGGACCGUCCAACAAUGAGUGAAGUGGUCAAAGCUAUAGAAACCAUUUUGCAGAAUGAUGGGCUGAACACAAACUCAACAUCUGCAGCUUCAUCUGCCACAGACUUUGGAGCUACAAAGGGUGCUGCUAAACACCCUUACAUUAAUGAAGCUCAGCUGCCAAGAAAAGAUACUAAUGAUAGUGAUGCAUUUGACUACAGUGGUGGGUACGCAAUCUCAACAAAAGUUGAACCCAAGUAGCACAUAUAUGAUAGAUCUUUCCUUAAUUUUUUUUCCCUUUUUCCUCAGGACUGUAAUUGUUCCAAUUUUACGUACAGCAUGCAAGUUUCUUGUGUUGACAGAGUUAGCCUAUCAAAUGUGGGGAAGUCACAAGUAAAGCCCAAAUAUUUCAUUUCCGUUAAGCUUGAGCUCAUUUUUUGUAUUCUAAUCAAGAAAAUGAUAGAUUUUGAUGAAUGUAUUUUUAUCUAAGAGAGAGAGAUAGAGAAAGAGAGAGAGAGAAACCCUCAACCAUUUGUAUACUCCAUCAACUCUACUUGCUUGAAAAAGUACAUUGACCA